UGCCUGUCCAGAAUAAACUGAGCCACUCUACAUGAUGGCUGAUCUAUGUUCCCUUCACAUACCCAGUGAUGUGAUGGUACCACAGCAGUGACUCUCAGCACCUUUUGUUCUGAGAGUCUACAGGUCUGAGAUGAGAAUAAGAGAAGAAGACGAUGCUGAGAAUUACAGUCACUGGACAAGAAAGUGAAUCUGCAUCAGAAUAGAAGAAGUGAUUUAAAGACAUCUGGGGCACUAUAUUUAGUCUGAGUGAUGAGUGUGUCUUUCUCUGGCUUUCAGUUUCAUUCUUACUGAUGUAUUAGUUCAUUUUUACCAGGAGGGCUGGAUGAUUAUCAGUUGGUAAAACUGUGUCGUUAUUUAUUCCUUCAUUAAUGCAGGGUACAAAGCUACUCUUUGCAUUGCUGAUCACAGAGGUUGUGAUAUAUCUGUGCCGGGAUCUGUGGUGGUCAGUAAAUGAAUCUGUGUUCAAAUGUGACCAUGGAUGCUGUGGAAUAGGAUGUCCAGAACUAGUAGCAGCUUUUACUCAGAGAAGGAGAAGUUUGUCUCACUUCAGGGGCGUUGCCUGGAUUUAAAAUUUAACAAAGGGUGCACAAAUUCUGCAGAAUGACUGUUGGUGACCUAAAGAUAGUGAGCUUUUACUAAAGGACAUGGACCAGGAGCUAAACCUCACUCAGUGGGUUGAAGGGCUACAGUGGCUGAUUCUCCACUGAGCUGCUCUGAUCAUUACAGACAUCCUAAAAGAGAAAGUGGAGUUUGGACUGAAGGAGCCGUUACAGAGAAACAGCACAGCAGCAGUUGGAGGAAAUGGCUGCUAGAAACCCUCUUUCAGAAGAAGAGCUUUCAUGUCCUGUGUGCUGUAACAUCUUCAGGGAUCCUGUUGUUCUGUCGUGCAGCCACAGUAUGUGUAAAACCUGCCUGCAGAAGUUCUGGGAAACUAAGGGGUCUCGAGAAUGUCCAGUUUGUAGAAGAAGAUCCUCUAAAGCUGAGCAUCCUGUUAGCCUUGCACUGAAGAACGUGUGUGAGGCUCUUCUGGAGAGCAGGAAACAGAGAUCUUCAGCAGGGUCUGAGGGGCUCUGCAUUCUGCACAAUGAGAAACUCAAACUCUUCUGUCUGGAUGAUCAGCAGCCUGUGUGUUUAGUGUGUUGGACUUCAAAGAGCCACAAAAGUCAUGACUUCUGUCCAGUAGAUGAAGCUGUGACUGAGUUUAAGGAUAAACUCAAGUCUGCUUUGGAGCCUCUACAGAAGAAUCUGAGAGUCUUAGAGGAAGUUAAACGAGACUAUGACCAAACAGCCGCCCACAUUAAGACGCAGGCCCAGCACACAGAGAGGCAGAUAAAGGAGGAGUUUGAGAAGCUUCACCAGUUUCUAAGAGAUGAAGAAGCAGCAAGGAUAGCUGCACUGAAGGAGGAAGAGAAGCAGAAGAGUCAAAUGAUGAGCAGGAAGAUUGAGGAGAUGACUGGAGAAAUAUCAGCUCUUUCAGACACAAUCAGGAACAUAGAGAAGGAAAUGGAGGCUGAGGACGUUCUGUUCUUACAGAACUUCAAGUCCACAGAGAAACAAGCCCAGCUCACACCAAAGGAUCCAGAGAAGACAUCAGGAGCUCUGAUCAAUGUUGGGAAGCACCUUUCCAACCUGAAGUUCAGAGUGUGGGAGAACAUGCAGGAGGUUCUCCAGUACACCCCUGUUACUCUGGACCCCAACACUGCACAUCCACACCUCCACCUGUCUGAGGAUUUCACUGCUGUAGAAAACACAAACCAGAGAUCAUCACUUCCUCAUAAUCCAGAGAGAUUUGAUUGGUACGGGUGUGUUCUGGGUUCUGAGGGUUUUAACUCAGGGAUUCACUGCUGGGACGUCCAGGUUGGAGACAGUGAUAACUGGUCACUGGGUGUGAUCACAGAGUCUGUAACAAGAAAAGGAUUCUCUUUCUCGGGUUCAGUGUGGAGGCUGAACUACAAUAAAAGCAGUGAUAAAAUCCGUAUAUGCUGCACAGGACAGCCAGAUCUCUCCCUCCCAUCUAACAGGAAGCUGCAGAGGGUCAGAGUGCAGCUGGACUGGGACAGGGGGAAAGUGACCUUCACUGAUCUUCUAACUAACACACACCUGCGCACUAUAACACACACUUUCACUCAGAGAGUUUUACCGUUUUUCUAUAAUUAUUCUGUUCAUCCUCUGAGGAUCUUACCAGUGAAGACGUCAGUAACAGUGGAGCAGCACAGUUAAAGCUGAAGCUGCUUAGAAUGAUCAUUUAUAAGGUAGUGAGUGUCUGAAUUAUGAUCAUAAGAAUAUGUCACUGCAUGUAUAUUUUAAAUAAUGUGUUUGUACCACUCCAUCCUGACAUGUCUGAGUGAAAUAAAAUGCUGGUUUAAAGUGUCACAGAGUGGCUCCUGAUAUCAUGACAGCAUUAGAAACGUUCUCUGAGUGAGAUUUCACUCGUUUUCAGUGUAGAUUUUAUUUCUCCAUCAUCCUGCAUUUUUCUCCAUCAUUAGAUCUUUAAAGCUCUGCUGUGGUUCAGAGAUUAAUAGU